CUUUGCUUUUUCCCUCCCUUUCCUCCUUCACUUAUAAAUUUUGGGACUUAGGGUUUCCUUUUCUUCACAUUCAGUAUGAGUAAUUUGGACAUAUAUCAGUCCCAUCUCUACCCAUUCACCGCCGAUGCCGCCGCUUCAUAUGCUGAAUAUCGUGCUGGGUUGGAGAUUAAACAGAAGGAUAACCUUCGGAAAUUCAGUGGGAGUCCCUCAUCUAAACUUAAGAGUUUGUCACCACAAGUCAGGAAGCGUGUGGAGGCUUUGAAAAACCUUCAGGGUCAACCUGCUGCACUGAAAGCUUUAUUGUUGGAGGAGAAGGCUGUACUUAAAGCUGGUUAUGAGAAGCUCCAUGAAUCGUUGCACACGAAGAGUGAACGCGAUGCGCUACAAGCUUUAUUUUUGAAGGAGAAGGCUGUACUUGAAGCUAAAUAUGAGAAGCUGCAUGAAUCGUUGCACAUGAAGAGAUAUGAAAUAGUGAAUGGUAUUGUUGAAGUAGAAGGUGAUAAUAUGGGGACAGGAGAUGAGAAAGGUGUUCCCAACUUCUGGUUGACUGCAAUGAAGGCCUUUGAGAUAUACGAAGAUGAGAUGAACAUCUCACCGCAGGAUGAAGAAGCUUUAAAGUACCUCAAGGAUAUCAAGUGUUGUACAGUCGAUCAUCCAAAGGGUUUUAAGCUUGAUUUUUUCUUUGAUACAAACCCUUUUUUCAAGAAUUCUGUGUUGACAAAGACUUGUCACAAAAGGAUAAAAAAGGAUAUGGCAAAUAACAUAACAUGGACGGAUAUUGAAUGGUAUCCAGGAAAAUGCUUGACAAAGAGGAUAGUAAAAUGCAAUCCAAAUAAGAAGUUAAAAAAUGCUAAGCCCAUGAUCAGGAAUGUGGAUUGGGAAGACUUUUUCAAUUUUUUCAAACCGCCACCGGUUACAGGACUCCAGUGUCAUAUGCAAGAAGAUUAUGAAAUUGGCUCAAUAUUUCGGAACAAAAUAAUCCCUCAAGCAGUGAAAUGGUUUACUCGUGGUGUAGCUGAAAAAGAAGACUCGAAGAAAAUGGAAUAUCAUUUUACUCGACAUGUAACGAGGCAAGACAAUUUUGAAGAAGACGACAACAGUGAGGAUGAUUAUGAUCAUCAUCAUGUUGGAUAUCAACAUCAUAGUGGAUACCAUUCCUGUUAAUGGAAAGUCCAUAGGAAUUCCAGUUUUCCUAAGAAUGAAUAGCAGAUAUAUUUAUCAGGAAUUCGGACAAGUCAAAUUGACAACAAAGCUUUACAUGACAACAAUGUUGGAAUUGUUCUGUCUUCUGGUUUUGAAAAUGCAAACAAGAAAAUAACUCUUUUCCUACUCUUUAUUUUCGU